AUUCUGAAAAGUGGGAUGAAAGCCACAUCGGUGGUCUUCAUCAUCAUCUGCUGCUUCAUCAUCCUCGAGAACAUGUUUGUUCUGCUGACUAUUUGGAAAACCAAGAAAUUCCACAGGCCGAUGUACUACUUUAUUGGUACCUUGGCGCUCUCAGAUUUGCUGGCGGGAGUGGCGUACAUCGACAUCCUUCUGUCCGGCUCCACCACUUACACCCUCACUCCUGCCCAGUGGUUUCUCAGAGAAGGAAGCAUGUUCGUGGCUUUGUCCGCUUCAGUCUUCAGCCUGCUGGCUAUUGCGAUUGAGCGAUAUAUUACCAUGUUGAAGAUGAAGCUCCAUAACGGCAGCAAUAGUCUCCGCUCCUUCUUGCUCAUCAGCGGCUGUUGGGUCAUCUCUGUGAUAUUAGGGGGUCUCCCUAUUAUGGGGUGGAAUUGCAUUGGCUUCCUGGAGAACUGCUCCACCGUGUUGCCUCUUUAUCAUAAGCAUUAUAUCCUUUUUUGCACCAGUAUAUUUACGGGCCUCUUAUUGGCCAUUGUGAUCCUUUACUGUAGGAUCUACAUCUUGGUAAGGACAAGGAGCCGUAGGCUGACUUUCCGGAAGAAUGUGGCCAAAGCUACCCGGAGCUCGGAGAAGUCACUGGCUCUGCUGAAGACGGUGAUUAUUGUUUUAAGUGUGUUCAUUGUCUGCUGGACCCCUUUGUUUCUUCUGUUGCUGGACUUGAGGUGUAAAGUCAAGGCGUGCCCCAUCCUCUUCAAGGCUGAAUAUUUCUUAGUACUAGCAGUUGUGAACUCAGCCACCAAUCCGAUCAUCUACCACGCUUACCAACAAGGAGAUGAGAGGGCCUUUAUCAAGAUCGUGUGGUGCUGUACGGUCCCACCACGGACUCUGUGGGCCAAAGUUAAGAGACCCAUCAUCGGAGGGAUAGAAUGCAGCCGAAGCAAAUCUGACAAUUCCUCCCAUCCUCAGAAAGAUGAGGGGGAUCCUCCAGAAACGAUUGUGUCCUCCGGUAAUGUCACCUCAUCGUCUUAAGGAGUUUUUUGGCAAAAUGGAGGCCUGAGCCCUGGAAGGCUGACACGUGGGGAUAGCUCUGCUUGCUUGUCUCCAGGCGGAAGGAGGAGAGUGAGAACGAGUUGGUCUGAAGGGGAAAUGGAGUACUGAUUGGGGUCCAGCUGUUGGCAAUGAGACACAUGGUGUCCGUUGAAAAUAUUCCCUCUCUGGGAGAACGUUGUGUGUUGGUUUGCCCUGAGGCAACUUAGGGUUGCUAGGAAUAUUCAAACUCUAUACAUCUCUGAAAAAAAAUGGACACUUGGAUAAGCAGUGCCUUUGAAUGGGAGUAUGAGUGGGGAAGGAGAGAAAUAUCUUCAAAUGGUUUCCCUCCCCACUCUCCCGCCAGGUAAAACUCCUGAACCCCCGAAACAAAGUUCUUGCUGUAUUGAAUUGACAGUCUUCUUCAGUUAACUCCCUUGGUCAAGGGAAGCAAAUGUGCUAGUAUAUUCUGAGUAAUAGAAAGAGAACUGGGGUGGGAUUUUAUCUCAAGAGUUGUUCCGUUGCAUGUAUCCCGUUGGCACUUAAUCAUCAGUGGAAAGUCAAUGGGAAUUAGGUGCUGGAGACUGCUGUGGGUUACUCCGAGGAACAUAGACCCCCCCCCCAUAUUCCUGGUUGUAGUUGAGUUUUCAAGGGAUUAGUGAGACUGUGAUACGUGUGAAUUAGUCUGGGGCUGUUUGAACUUAAUAGAUGUGUCAUUUGAAACCUUUAAAAAAAGCUGAUAAAUAUGCUGCUUUCAGUAACGAGUUGCAUUUUAAUAACUUUAACAGCAGCAUUAUACACACCGUUUUAACCGUUUAAGAAUGUUAAGAAUGGCCCUGCUGGAGACCUUAAUUUCCUCCAGGCAACUUUGUUAUAUGACCUCCCUUAUCUUAGUGUAGGAUACAUAUUUUUCCUUACUCUUCCUCCUGCCCCCCAUUGAUCAAACAGUUGAACCUGGGGUGCUUGCAAGCAGGAGAUAGAGCCAUAUCCUUCUACUACUUUGUUGGUCUGCAACUAAUAUUUGGAGAUAGGCUGUUCUAACCUAAAGCUCUUCAAAAUUAAUAGCUCUUGAUAUACCAAUUCUCCAUAAAUUUAUUCAUUCCUUUUUUAAAAAACCACUUGAGUUAAUGGCCAUUGCCCUGCCUUAUAACGAAUUAUACGAGAUUAAUUAUGUGCUGUGUAACAAGAUAUUUUCUUUUGUUUUUCUUCUCCUUCCAAUCAACUUCUUAGGAUGAUUUUAUCUGAAUCCUAAUGUUUUUGUGAAGGAUACCCAUUUCCCCUGUUUUCUUUCUACACAGCAUACGGAUUUUCCUAUUUUCUUUUGCUAUGUAAAUGGUUCAUUCGUGGUGGUGAAGUGGUUAGAACGCAGUAUUGCAGGUUAACUCUGCCCACUGCCAGGAGUUUGAUCCUGACCAGCUCAAGGUUG